AUGGCGGGCUCAAGCCGACCUCGACCAGGGUCCUCCCUCUUCGCAAUCUUCCAUCCAGAGAUGGAUGGGUACCUGCACGUCGGCAAGAUCGCGUCAGGGGACCGAAGCAGCACGACCUUGGUCCAGUCGGUUGCUGACGGCCGAGUCUGCGUGAGGAAGAACGUCCUGGCAACCCACGCGUUUGGGGCCGAUGGAACAUGUCAAGAGGUGGAAUUCUAUCGCCAGUAUUCGCACCCUCAAAUCCCAAGGCUCCUCCAUGCCCAGGCGAACCGGAUGUUCGCCGACGGCGCGCUGAUCGGGGCCCAGUACAAGGGCACUUCACUGCUCUUCGAGGUCUGCAAUGGACAUACCAUGGAAAGACUGGCCGACAUGGAAAAAUUCAAACCGUCGACCUUGUUCCUGUGGCGGACGUUCGAUCAGCUGCUCGGGGCCUUCUCCUUCCUGCACCGCAACGACCUCGUACACACCAAUGCCCACCUCGGCAACAUCUUCCUGCACUUUCCGGACGAAGACGCCAGACUACCUGAUGUCGUUCUGGGUGGGCUGGGAAGCGUCACGCCCUUGUCUCCUGACAUUUGGAAAGACUCGGAUCGGACCGAGCUCAAGGAUGACUGUGACGAGCAGAGUGUUCGACCCCUGCUCGAAGACCUCGCCUGGAUCCGUUCCGCUAUGGCCGAUUUGUUGUCUCUUUCCGAUCCGACCGUUGCAGCCGAAGACGCGAACGAGGAAGAAGACGAGGAGGAUGCUCUAGACGUCGUGGAGGUCUUGAGAGAGGUGCUCGAGGACACAAUUCAAAAGAACAUUGCUUGGGGGAAGCAUGGACGAGAGAUGUAUCAACUGUGGUGGCGCUUUGACGAGGUGAUUCAGGGAAUGCUCGAGAAGGGAAUGCAUUGGUAUCAAGAGCUACGCAAGAUUCAAAAGGAGGUCACUAGAGUGAGGCUGCGGGAAGACAGGCGGUUGCCAUCUGACAAGGCGCAGGAUAUGCGUCCGCUGAUGAGAACUGUGGACAAGCCCAAUCCUUGUUUCAGCGUGGAUGAUGCUGAACCAUAUCUCUUCUCGUCGAGAACGGAAUUGGAAAGCUACGUCGAAUCCGAGCAGAUACAAGGGCCGUAUCGAAUCGCGAGGAUAGACGCGGGCAAUUCCAAGAGGAUCCUCAAUAUCGACAAGUUCGACCACGGAUAUUUUCAUGCUGGCACGUGGCACAUGGACGUACCGGUCUUUUCUCAACAUCUUCUCCCGAUACUCCAGGAACGGCAAAAGUACGACUGGCGAUCUUGGCCUGAUGUUGUGCGUUUGGCUGAUAAGCUGCUGGAUGGCAUUGUGGUCCCCAAGCAGUCAUUUUGUCCCUUUGGUCGUCGCCUGGAGACACUGCCGGGCCCAGUUGAUGAAGAAACGGUCAACAAAUUCUUCACCCCUGACCCAGAGUGGCAUACUCGACAUACCUACAGCCGAUCUGAGACGUAUGAGAUUCUCUAUUCAUCGACACUGAACUCUUUGGUCGGGAGUUUGUCGAUCCAUGAUGACCAUGAUGAUGAUGAUGAUGAUGAUGAUGAUGAUGAUGAUGAUGAUGAUGGUGACGCCAUGUCAAUCAGCACUGAGAACUCUAGAGUGACUGGAACUGUGGCGGGCAUGAAACGCAAGCGGACAGCGACCGACGAAGGAAACGAGUUGCCAAGUGGAAAGAGACGUGAGAAAUAG